AAUGAUGUUUUCUAGUAGUGAUGGGAAUGAUUUGGAUUCAUCAAUUAAAUCAUUUGAAAAUUGUUUAGGAAACUCUCCUAUUGAUACUGGUGUUAUAGCAGAUGAUUUAUUAGGUAUACCUAUUGACAAAAAAGAAAGUCGAAAAAAAGAUCCACUUAUCAGUGCGUCAGCCGAUUCGCAAAGUGAGGCUAUAGAUGACUUAUUAAAUAUGUCCAAUGGAUCGGAAAAACUGGAUACUCAUACGACAUCAGAUUGCCUUUUGCAACCUCAGUCGGAGGAUAAAAAUUUAUCGGACGUCUCGCAUGGAUUACAAAACAGUAAAGAAAUGAAAUCACCUUCUGAUUCUCUGAAUGUCUCCCUUUCGGAGGUUUCGAUUGUUUUACCGAAAGAUACAGAUCAAUCUAACCGAAAUCGUAGGGAGAUUCAUCUAGUGAAAAAACGAAAAAGCAUAAAUCGAAGAAAAAGCAGUCGACAAACUCUAAGAAAGAUUCUAGCUUCGAUAAAAAUUCUUGUAAAAAUUCUGGAUCAAAUACUAAUGUUCCUGCAACACCUUUAUUAGAAUUAACUAAUAUACCUCAAUCAGCAUAUUCUCAUCUGGAAACCGAGAUUGUAGAAAACGAUUCUCCAGCUUCUAAUAGAUCUGAUAAAAAUAAAGAAAAUAAAUUAGAUGGUCAUCUCAUAGAUUAUUCUAAUACGGAAUCUGAAGUUUUUAAUGUUUUAUCGAAAAAUACUAAAGAUUCUAAUCCAAAGAAUAAGAAGGCUUCACGAGU